GUGGAGCUUAGGUAGUUCGGUACCUUAGGUACAAUACAUGUACAAGGAUGUAUGCAGCUAAAGAUGAGCUCCGCUGGUCGCGCGACAGCGCUGAGCUUCUUCGGCUUUAAUUCUUUCAACUUUUUAUCAUUCCAGCGCAAACUCUUGCUUCAACGAAAGGACAGAGCUACGAUUGGUGUUCUGGUGCCGCUCGAAGCUGGCUUCUAGUUACCGGCUUCAUACCAUGAUAGCUUCUUAGCCACCUUCAACUGCGAUUGAUCAUACAACACUUCGCCAUGUCUACCAGCGCCAACUCGCUGCCCCAGUACCUGGAACAGCUGCCGGGAACUACCUUUAGGAAGCUGUACCAGCAGCCUUCCACAGCCUUCGCCAUCUUCCGGCGCAUGCUUCCUCAUAUGGCAAAGACUAUCGUAAUGGCCAUACUAUAUUCGCCUACUCCAUUUCUCGUAUCCGACCUCGAUCUGUGGAUAAAACCCACCGCAGUCCGCGAAAAGGACCAAGCCAUCGCCAUCCUUCGAUCGUUACAUAUAGUUCAGCCUCAGUCCUUAGCUCUUACCCAAAAUUUCAAAAAUAGUCUACGGCUUGCGUUGGAGGGCGGUGGCGAUCAUAAUUCGUUCGGCGUGCCGUCUACACAACCCAUUCCUAGCGAGGUUGACCAUAUGUUCCUGGAUAGGUACGCGAGGAGAAAAUGGGAUGAUAUACUGCAUUACGUCGUUUCGGCUACCGGAAUAACCAGCAUUCAGACGGGCUCUAGUGGACCUAAGCAGUCAGUCAAGGACCUUCUCUUGGCUGGCCGGCUGGUUGAGCGUAGGAUUGGCGAACUUAAGAUUACACAUAUUGGCUUUUCCUUUUUAUUGCAGGAAGCAAACGCCCAGGUCUGGGCUCUAUUACUCCUCUGGCUCGAGGCUAUUGAGAUAGCCAACGCCAACGGGAGCAAAUCCGAUAUGGAUUCCGUUGACAUGCUAUCAUUUUUCUUCAUGUUGGCCUCCCUCGAAUUCGGGCGUGCAUAUAGCACUGACGCCCUCACGGAGAGUCGACGCAAUAUGCUACCUACUCUCAUCGACUUCGGUCUGAUCUACAUUCCUCAACACAACACUCACCAAUUUUUCCCUACUCGUCUAGCUACAACUCUUACUAGUAACGAAACAGCCCUUCGAAGCGUCAGCGCUGGUUUCUCAGCCGCCGCUAGCGCAACCAGCGACGAGCAAGACAAGUGCACCAUUAUCCUCGAGACCAACUUCCGGAUGUACGCGUAUGUACACUCGCCGCUGCAAAUCGCCGUGUUAGCCCUCUUCUCGGACCUCAAGUUUCGCUUCAAGGGUCUCGUAUCAGGCCAUCUGACACGCAAAUCUAUUAAAAAUGCCGUUAGCCACGGCAUCACGGCGGACCAGAUUGUCUCGUAUCUCUCUACGCACGCAGACGAGCAGAUGUACCGGUAUGCCGCUGCAACCAACAAGCCCGUAUUGCCUCCCGUCGUCAUCGACCAGAUCCGCCUCUGGCAGCUCGACACCGAGCGUAUAUCUACCCGCGACGGCUACCUCUUCAAGGAGUUCGACGAGUACAAGGAGUACAAAGCCGUGGCCGACUUUGCGGACAACAUCGGCGUCUGCGCCUGGCGUAACGACAAGAAAGGAAUAUUCUUCGCCACCAAGGUCGAGCAGAUCAAGGACUUUAUGAGAUCUCGCAGGAAGGCGAACGAUGGAGGUAGUUAAAAAAAAUAAGUAAUGGAGGGCGAACUGAAUUUUCUCGCCCUUUUUACUCGGUGCUACAGUCCGCCCAUUCAUUUUAUUGUUUGAAUCUGGUAAUUCAUAUCAUCAGGCAUGGGAGUUUUCCGGUUUAUAAGGUGCAUUGGGAUAUGAUGGGAACGAUAGGCGCGCGUUACACGGUUUACGAUAUGAUUAGACAGGGGUUCGCAGGCCUUCAUAUAAGGGCUCUCGCCAUGUCCGCGACGGGUAGAAUUCAAAAGUAAUUCCCAGAAAAAAUUAUAUGUUUUCACACGAAUGGACUACAUUAUUACUGGGGGUUUAUAAUUAAUGAGCAGCCAGUUGGUCAUGUAUUAUUGAUCAUAACUAAUAACUAGACCGGGGAUGCAGGUCUUUGAUGCCGGCAAUAUUAUUCAGUCCUAAAGUUCAUGAGGUAUGAAUAGUUCCACUUGUGCUUCGUGAAGCUUCCCUCGUAGAAUAACCGGAAUGAGUAUUAAGUCCUUCUCCGUAUGACACAUAUCCGCCUCCUUUUUUUUUUUCUCUCUCUCCUUUUGCGGUCCUUUUCAUUAUAACAUAACUGCGUAUAGCAAAGUAGGUAGAAACAAUACAGCAC